AUGUCUGAGGUUCCUCUGUUCCCCCGCCUGUCCUACCUGCUGCUUUGCAUUCUGGGUAUGACCCUGGUGACGUCUGGCUUCCCCCGGCCUCGCCCACCUCUCAGAAAUCCUCACGAUUCAGACGGACUGAAGCGGGACGACUGGGACAUCGGGUUCCCCUCCACCUCUCUGCAUGACUGGAGCGUCCACGUGAUGGCGGCGCCCGGCGUCAGAGCGCCCGCCGACAGUCGGGCCAGGCUGAGGAGCGAGGCGUGGCUUUUUGCCCCAGAGACGGCAGAAGUGAGCGUGGAGGGGCCGUGGUCUUCUCAAGGAGCCGGGGCGAUGAAGAGGAACAUCGGAGUCGCCGACGACGCCGCCUUCAGGGAAAAGAGCAAACUGCUCACUUCGAUGGAGAGACAGAAGUGGCUCAACACCUACAUGCAGAAACUACUGGUGGUCAAUGCUUCGCGAUAACUGAGUCGUUGCAGCUUCAACGCCAC